AUGGCUCUGACGAAGACAACCUCCGCAAAUCCUCCAACCUCCGCAAAACCUACAUGUUUGGGUGAAGGAGGUCCACCGACCCUAAGUGCGUUACGCAAACUGGUGACGAGUCGGCAAGAAAAAGUGAAAGCCGACAACGAUGAUGACGAUACAAAUAUGGAGGAACAAGAGGAGGAGGAAGGUGAGGAACGUGAGGAGGAGGAAAAUGAGGAACAAGAGGAGGAAGAGGAAGGUGAGGAACAUGAGGAGGCAAAAGACGAUGAUGAACAGGAGGCAGAAGACGAUGAUGAACAGGAGGCGAAAGAAGAUGUAGACUAUCGAAGCGAAGCUAUACCACCAGAGAAGUUGUGCUUUGAACCUGGUAUGUUUAAUAUCAACAUCAAGCUGUCAGGAAGAUGCUAUAUUGAGAAGUUUGUGAAAACGUUAGAAAAUGUGCUAGAUGAUAGAGAGUUGAAAUGGUUCAAAACGCACCCUCACUUCAAGCACUUCUUCCACAUGUACUUGGAAGAAAAUCAUAAAUCUCAGGGGAUGUGGAUGCUUAUGCUGCGUAUGGUGCCAUCAAGCAAAAUGAAGGAAUGCUGCUACCCUAAGAACUACAAAAUUUUAGGUGGUGACAGUAGUUUAGGUGGUGACAGUAGUAAGUUUGUUGCAAAGUAUUUUGGUGAAGGGAAGAAGAAAGUAACACUGAAGGAUGUAGAUGAGAAGAUGGAGUCAAUGAAAUCCAGAAAAGUGAGAGGUAGGAUGAAUAUUGCUGUCUUUUACUUCUUAGCCAACAUAAUUGUUGGGAAGACGAAGACAGAUAAUACAGCUGCAGGUAUUAUGAAGGACAUUCACAAUAUAGUGAAGAAUUUAAAUGGGAAUGUGCCUGAAGAUGCGAACAAAGUGUUUCCUAGUUUCAUCAUUUCUAUGGAGCUACUAGCUUAUGAGGCAAUUCCAGCCCUUGGUAGACAUUUUAGAGAAGCUGUUGUAGAAGCCGAGGAUAGCUGUCCAAGGAUGUGCAAGAGCAGGUUCAAGAAAGGAGAUUUGAAAGGUUUCGCACUUUCGGAAAUAAAUUCUCAACUUGGUGCAACAAAGGAUAUUUAUAGUGUGUUGGCUCCAUCGAAUGAUGAGAAGCAACUGCUGGCUCUCAUCAUGGACGAUGAGGAUAUAGACCAAGAUGUAUCGGAUUAUGUUGUUGAUGAUUGGAAAUCAAUUUUGCUGGAGGAGAAAAGUGAGAUAUUUUUUCAAGAAAUGUUCAAAAAAGAUGUCAAUAGCCGAAAGAACAAAGGGAAAAAAACAUCGGGUCCUAAAACACCAGCUCGUAAAACCGCAUCAGCUCAUAAAACCGCAUCGACUCCUACAACUACAAUUGAUGUUGAGAAACUGAUGGCAGGCUUAGAGGGCUUGACAAAAACAGUGGAAUAUGGGUUUAAGGAAAUGAGAAAUAAGUUAGCUGAUCAUGACAAAAGAAUCAAAAAGAUGGAGCUGUUUGUGGGUGAAGAGAAGAACAGAAAUCAAGAUGACGAAGAGAAUCGUCUUAACUUCUUUGAUGCAGAUUACCAUGGAGGUGGUGAGGAGGCAAAUGAUGGCGCUGGUUGUUCUGGGAAGAAGCAAACAGAAGGAGAGAAUGUGGAGAAGGAUAACGAAGAGAAAGUGGAAGGAGCUGAUGUGGAGAGGGAUAGAGAAGAGAACGAGGAAAUCAACGGAGAAGGGCCAACCCGUGUAACCAGAAGGAUUAGUGGACGAACAAGUAAAAAAUCUUAA